AUGAGGGUGGGGGCGGUGCUGCGGCUCUGCUCGCGCCCGGAGCUCCGGUACCAGCAGGGACAGCGGCCGGAGCCUGGAAUCCGCGAGUAUUUUUAUUACGUAGAUCACCAAGGACAGCUUUUCCUGGAUGACACCAAAGUCAAGAACUUCGUCACCUGCUUCAAAGACGUCGGAUUCCUCUCCUUCUUCUUCCGGCACCUGGAGCGGAACCGCAGCGGGCGUUACCAGGAGCACUUCCCCUUCCUUUCGCGCUGCGGCCGCGAGCGGAAUUUCCUUCGCUGCUCCGACCUUCCCGUGGUUUUCACCCAAAUCCUGCCUGGCCCCGGUGGCAAUUCCCUGCUGUCCUACUGCGGGGGCGGCUCCAAGCUGGUGGUGCCCUUCCAGCCGGGAAUGUUGGCCGUGUGCCCGCGCAACGGGCGCCUCUACCACCCGGCGCCGGAGAGGGUCGGUGGCGUUGGGUUGGUGCGUUGGGCCCUGGCCCAAGAGUUGAGCUCGGGGUUUCGCUUCCAGGACGGGCCCCAGCAGCCCCCGACGCAUUUGCUUUGGCAGGGGAAGGAGCAUCGGCUCUCCGGGGAAAUCCUGGGAAUGCUGCGGGCAGAGAAAUCGGGAUCGGAGGUGGGAGCUGCAAUUUCCGCCUCGUGAACCGCUGAAAAUCAGAAUAAACUCGGUCCUGCAGUCAUUAAAUUCACUGGUUAA